CUGAAUAUGGCACGUCGUGAUCAUUUGGUUCCUAUGGAAGUGGAUCCAGCUUCUAGCGGAGAUGGUGACGAUUUAAUGAAGCGAUGUUCCGAGUUUUCACAAGUUACCCAUACGGACAACGCUAUGGCGAUGAUGUAUCUCCAGGAUCGGGAAUGGAACCUAGAGAAGGCACUCUCGGACUACUUCCGAGAACAUGGUGGACCAUCCAACCCAGUAAUGAGGGCCUACGUUGAUCUGACCGAGUCCGAUGACCAGAGCGAACUGGACAAAUCGGUAGUGUUCCAGCAAAGCAACAUCUUGAAUGUACUUUCUUGGAAUAUUGAUGGACUGGACAAGACAAAUUUUCAUGUACGACUGAAGGCUAUACUCAGUUGCCUGAAAAGCGAACUGCCGGACAUUGUUUGCCUCCAAGAGGUGGUCCUUGAUAGUUUGGAUGCUUUGCGGACACAGCUGGCAGAGGACUACCAUAUUUUCAGCGCAACAGAUGAUAGCCAUGCGGAUUGUAUACACUACUUCGUAGUUUUACUGGUCAGAAAAUGUCCAGGCUUAUCAGUAGACCUUUCCAGUUUUGCGGUCACCCCUUUCUUCGGCUCACAGAUGGGACGACACACCGUAGCGGUUGAUGUACUACUCGAUCGCGCCAGGUGGUCAGCUAAGGAUGUCACUCACCCUCCGAUCUGUGAGAAUAACAACCAACCCUCUCCUCCACCACUUCGCCUUCGUGUCAUCACUGCCCAUUUGGAGAGCUGUCGAGAUGGAUGUAAGCAGAGAAAAUCUCAGUUGAAACAGGUUUGGGCCAAUAUGCUACAACUCAGUACAAAUUCCAACGUUGAUCUAUCCCAAACACGAGUAGCGUCUAUAUUUUGCGGAGAUUUAAAUCUUCGCGAUUCGGAGGUUAGCCAACUCGGAGGCCUUCCAGUAGGUCUUCAGGACGUUUGGGAACAGACCGGGGCUCGGCCUGAGCUGAAAUGCACUUGGGAUCCUGUUCGAAACUCCAACGCAGGCCGGUUUUCCAAGUAUGUGCCAGCCAAACAUCCCCAGUCCCACAGGUACGACCGUAUGUACUUUUGCUCUGGUGGGUACCUCAAACCGAUUGAUUUCGGCCUUCGUGGGCUAGAACGCAUCCAGAAACACACGUGUUUUCCCUCAGACCACUGGGGUAUCUUGGGGCGCUUUGUAAUUAUGUGCUAGAUGACAUUCAUUUAUUAUUGCUCGACAGAAACACUCCAGAUCAUAUUUUGAAGAAACCCAAUCAGUUACUUGUAUACGAAUUCCAUUUGAUUUUAUAAAAG